AUGGAGGCUGGAGAUCACAUAACAACGAAUCAACAUGAACCUCAUUUCCCAACAUGCGAUGAGGCAAUUAAACCAUAUUUUGGCCAAGUGUUUGAUACCUUAGCAAAAGGUGUCAAAUUUUACGAGGACUACGCGAAGGCGUGUGGAUUUGAAGUCCGUAUGAGUACCAUUGAUAGAGCAAAAGAUGGCACAAUUCGCUCGCGUUAUGUGGUAUGUAACAGAGAGGGAAUUUGGAACAACGGCAAUGUACCAACAACAGCACCUGACAAGCCAAAGACUAAAAAACGGAAGACUACAUCUUGCCGAGCGGAUUGUAUGGCUAAAGCAAUUUUUGGAUUUUGUCCCGGUGGGCGUUACAGACUUCGUGUAUUCAUUGAAGGACACACGCAUUCGAUGGUUCCUGCUCCCACUCGCCAUUUGAUGCCCAGCAAUAGAGAAGUUAGCGACAUUCAACAAAUGAUCGUUAUCGGUGCUAUAAAGGCGAAUAUUGGCCCGAUGCGUUCAUUUCGCAUGUUCAAGGAAAUUGCAGGCGGUUACGAUAAGGUGGGAUGUACCAGCAACGACGUCAAGAAUUAUGUUAGAGACUUGAAUGUGUACUCCAAAGAUUCGGAUGCACACAUGUUGUUAGAUGCAUUUACCAACAAACAGGAGCUAGGAAGAGGGUUCAAAUUCUUUCAUGAUGUAGAUGAAGAAAAUAAGUUGUGUCGCCUCAUUUGGUCAGAUGAGUCAGCAAUUGAAAACUACAAGUUAUUUGGGGACGCCGUAUCCUUCGACGCUACAUACAGCACCAACAAGUACAAAUUGAUAUUCACCCCCUUCACUGGGAGAGAUAAUCACGGCAAAUGUAUCUCUUUUGGCGCUGCUCUUAUUUUCGGCGAGGAUAUGGACUCAUAUUCUUGGGUUCUUGAAAAAUUUGCAGAAAUAAUGGGAAAUGCUCCCAAGGUUUUUGUAACGGAUCAAGACCCUGGACUGAAGAAAGCAGUGGCAUCAUCAUGGAAAGAAACACGGCACCGAUUCUGCAUGUGGCACAUUAACAUAAAGGUCCAAGAUAAAUUGCCAACGAGAUUGAAGAAUGAUCCUGAAUUCAGGUCAACAUAUGACAAUAUUGUAUGGACCGACAAUGACGACCCUGAUGUGUUUGAGGAAAACUGGAAUGACAUGAUAGAGGAGUAUGAUCUUGCGUCUAAUAGAUGGUUCUCCGACAUGUACGAGGAGCGCAUGCACUGGAUCCCUGCUUUUUUUAGAGAUGUACCUAUGAGCGGCAUAUUUCGAACCACGUCUCUGUCUGAAAGCGAAAACAGUUACUUCAAACGUUUCCUCAACAAGAAUUCUGGCCUCGUCUUACUCUAUACUAAUUAUUGCAGUGCUCUUGAUGCUCAACGACAUAAUUAUCAGAAGAUAACACUUGCCGAUGAGACACGGGUCCCUAAAAUGCAUACAGAACUACCCAUUGAGAAGCAUGCUGCAUCCAUCUACACGAAUUCUAUCUUUAAGGAGGUGCAACAGGAGAUCCAAACCUCAUUGAUUGGAUGUGAUAUUCGUAAGAUUUCACAUGAAGGCGAAGACACUAUUUAUGAUGUUGAGGACAAUCUCAGUGGCCUGUUCAUGGUUCGUUAUUUGCACUCGAAAGACGAAGUGUCAUGCAGUUGCAAGUUGUUCGUUCGUAAAGGUACACUUUGCAACCAUAUGUUCCUUGUUCUUAAGAAUUUAAAGUUUGACAACAUCCCCCACAAGUACAUUGUCAAACGCUGGUGCAAGUUUAGUAUUAUUCGACCCGAUGAAGAUUACUCCGGAAAGGAAAACAGUUUUUCGAAGUCCUCAUCAAACAGUGAUUUUCGUUUUUUCAAGAUCGUUGCUUGCACGCUCUGA